UUGAAAAAGCACACACUAUGGAUCUUGCCCUGUGAAAAUGAGCUUUAAACUUCCACAUCAGCAAUCACAUUGAUGUGGAGAUAAGGGGACGUGCGGUUUUAAAAGGCGCAGCGGACCCUGAUUGAGACACUGCUCUCCGCAGAGUCGUCCAGCUCAGCUCGCACCGCCACCAUGACUUUCAACGGCACCUGGAAGGUUGAUCGCAGUGAGAACUAUGAGAAGUUCAUGGAACAAAUGGGCGUUAACAUGGUGAAGAGAAAGCUGGCCGCUCACGACAACCUCAAAAUCACCAUUGAACAGACCGGAGAAAAAUUUCACGUCAAGGAGAGCAGCAACUUCCGCACCAUCGAAAUAGAUUUCACCCUCGGAGUCACGUUUGACUACAGCCUGGCAGAUGGAACAGAACUCUCAGGCGCCUGGAACAUGGAGGGAGACACCCUGAAGGGGGUUUUCACCAGGAAGGACAACGGGAAAACAUUGACAACAACCAGAAUCAUCGAAGGAGGCGAACUCGUACAGAGCUACAGCUACGAAGGCGUGGACGCAAAGAGGAUUUUCAAGAAAUGAAGCCAACCGACGGAAGAGAGACGUGCUUGACAUCAGGAUUACUUAUAGUAUUGUGUUGAAUUCUCAACUACUCACAUGGGCUUAACUUGAAACAAGUGCAUUAGAUGGAAUGCAUCAGAUUUUGAUACUUGCAUUAAAAAAAAAAGUUACGAGUGCCGCUGUGACUUUCAUUUGUCAUUUUUUGCUGAAAAACAAAAAAACAAACAGUAUUUUGUGUGACAU